AUGUUUGGCUAUGUAAUCAGAAACUUAAAUCUCAAUUUUUUUUUACCAUCCGGCGACGUUCGAUCAAAGUGCGCCUCACGGAAAAGGAAGUCCAACGCCUGCUCGAAGCGCAAGAGUAAAAAGCGCACUGCUGCCAAAAUAAAAUAUGCCCACAGUCCAGGACCGAUGACAAACAAUGCGUUCCUUAACUAUUUGAGACACGUGCGUCGAAAAUAUUGCGGCUUGAGUGUGGGGCAGCUGUCCAAGUUGGCUUCCAAACAAUGGCGUUGCAUGAGCGACAAAGAAAAAGAACGAUAUCGCAACCAGGCAUACAGGGUCCAAGAUGCUGAACGACGCCAACGAAACAAAAUCUUUAACAAUAGUGUUAUGAAUUGGGGUUAAAAGUGCGAAUAAAUUUGUAUUUAAAUAUUUGAUGAUUUCAUAAUCCGGUUGCCGAACCCAAAUUCGUUGUGUAAUUGUUAAAUAUCCAAAUAAAUUACAAUUGAUUUUUUCAUUUAA